CACACAGAUACAGUUUCUCUAUUUCUCUCGUCUCACAUGCACACCCUCUCUGCUGGUAUCUACACACUGCUCAUCAACAGAAACAUCCAGGAAGCAAGACGAUACUGAGAGAGACAGAUACAUCAAUACAGAGACAGACAAGCCUCCAAUGAGCUAUAAAGGCAGGCAGAGAGGUUAGCACUGGUAUGGCACAUAAUGGAUGCAUACACAUAAGAUAGCUAGCUAUUCACACACCUCCUAAUUAGGUACACAUGCUGUAGAUUCCUACCUUAUCCAUACUAACGCACACAUUGCAGGAUGCACACACCAUACCUAAAGGCACACACCGUACAUAUAAAUACAGACACAUUAUUACAGAUAAAUAUGCAUACACAUGUAUAAUAUAUAUAGCGACAUACAGGCAAUCUCUCCACACAGGAGCUGCAGCUGAUGUUAUGACAGAGCAAGAAAUGCAGCAGCCAUGAACCAGCUGUGUGCAGAGCCCUGCAGAGCUCUGCAAGACAGCAUUAGACAACUCCUUAGCCGGGCCGGGGGAGAGUUCCGUCUCCAGAAAGUCCAACUAGAGACCAGACCCCGAAAACUUGAGGACAGAAUCUUGGUGACAACAUGCUGGAGAUUUUACAUAUUCCUCACUAAAUUACCUGCUAAGAUUGAAAGCUCUUUCAGUGUACUGGAGAUCCGAUCCCUCACUGCCAUUAGCAUCAGUCAGCUUCUUAUUGAGACAGAAAAAGGUAGUUUCCAGCUGACACUGACUACACAGAACACAGACCAGCUGAUCAACUGCAUUCAGGCAACACUAUCCAAAAUUUUCCCCACUCCUGAUACAGUAUGUCUAAUCAGGCGGCAGUAUCCUGAGUCUGCAAACAGUUCACAAAAUCCUUCACCCAGUUCAGACACAGCAGGAGGGGCACCAGGAUCUGGGAUCUGUGGUGGAUUUUCAGAAACAUACGCUGCCCUCUGCGAUUACAAUAACGUUUGCUGCAGGGAAGAGGUUCAGUGGGAUGUGGACAUGAUUUAUCACUCUCAGGACAACAGGGAGUUUAACCUACAGGACUUCAGUCAUCUGGAGAGCAGAGACCUGGCUCUAGUUGUGGCUGCUCUCGCUUACAAUCAAUAUUUUCUGAGACUUCAGGCAGCAAAUCUCAAAUUGGGAUCAGAGGUAACAGAGCAGAUCCUGCACUGCGUGGGACGGUCACAGCACCUAGAGGAACUAAUUCUAGAAGACUGUGGACUAAGACCGGAUUUUGCUCUUCGUUUAUCUUCUGUUUUGACUGAUAAUUCAGCCUCCACUUUACACACCCUGAACCUGUCUCACAACCCAUUGGAGGACCGAGGGAUCACUGCUCUCUCUCAGCAGUUUUUGUAUUUUCACGGUGGCCUUCGCAGCCUUAACUUGAGCAAAACCAAUAUCACAGGAAGAGGGGCACUAGCUUUGUGUCAAUCACUCUGCCAGAAUGCUCUCUUCUCCUCUUCACUGCACUCUCUGACCCUCAGUAAGAAUCCUGGACUUCUGGGGAGCGAAGAAAUAAAUGCACUUUACACGUUUUUGUCUCAUCCAAAUUCACUGGUUUAUCUGGACCUCUCAGGAACAGACUGUGCGGUGGACACUAUUUUUGGGGCACUUGCCCUUGGAUGCUGUUCCUGUCUCUCACAUCUUGACCUUUCAAAGAAUUCCCUUUCACACAGGAGGACUCCAGAAACCUUGCCAUCUGUGGAGAAGUUUUUUGGCAGCUCUUUGUCACUGUCCCAUGUCUCUCUGAGUGGAACCAAAGUGCCCCCUGAAUUACUGAGGGCUUUGUUGCAAGGACUUUGCUCUAACACCCACAUCCAGGACCUACAACUUGAUCUCAGCAGCUGUGAGUUGCGGUCUGUGGGUUCACAAAUAUUACAGGAGCAGUUUCCUCCUAUCAGCAGCAUCGGGAGCCUGAACAUAUCUGAUAAUGGACUGGACUCUAAUUUGAUGUCUCUUGUCCCUGCGCUGGCCAGAAAUAGGCAUUUGAAGCAUCUUUCUCUGGGCAAAAAUUUCUCUGUAAAAUCACGUGUUUUGGAGGAAAUUCUACAGAGAAUUGUAAAUGUCCUUCAGGAUGAAGACUGUUCCCUGCAGUCUCUGUCUCUUGCUGACUCUCGCCUGAAGUCUCGCACCUGCAUUGUUCUCAAUGCUCUGGGGAGCAACACCUCUCUUCAUGAACUGGAUAUCAGUGGGAACGGAAUGUCAGAUAUGGGGGCCAAGAUGCUGGGCAAAACUUUACAAAUUAAUACCACCCUAAAGUCUGUGUUGUGGGACAAAAAUGCAGUAACAGCCACUGGAUUUAUGGAUGUUGCUCGAGCCCUGGAGAAGAAUCGGAGUCUUCGUUUCAUGUCCUUCCCUGUGGGAGACAUUUGUCAGGCUUAUCAAAAGCAUCCAGAGAGAACUGAAAAUGCCUGGAGGAAGAUACACAGCUGUCUCCUGCGGAACUCUCAAACGGUUACAGUCUCUGACCAGAGAGCACUGCGUCUCCAGCAAGGUGUCACAAGCAGUGCAGAGCAGAUGCUGCAGACACUGUCAGCAAUGAUACAAGACCACAUAUACGCCCUGCGUUCCUGUGACCUGGACACUGUCCAAGAGGACAUCCUGUGUGCAAGACAGCUUCUUCGGGAUGCCAGGAACUGCCGAGCUCUGUUACCACGUCUUUUGGAAGCCGGCAGUUGGUUGUCCCCCUCAGGCCCUGCUCAACGUCUUUUAGAGACAGUUUCAUUUGAGCUUUCUCGUGCAGUAAACAGAGAGCUUCAGAAUAUUGCAGAUUCGAUGUGGGAGGCAACUCAAGACCUGUUUCCAGGGGCAGCACGAGAUGCGCAAAGAGGAGGUGCAAUGCUCUGCAGGCUAAGAGAGCAGCAUGGACUCAGCCCACCCCAUAUCCAGGAUAUGCUCCGUCAGAUAGGAGUGGAAAUACACAGCAAACUGAGGGCUGCACAACUCUCCCUCAUGACACGUCUCAGUAACUCUGUUCUCGAGCAAGUUCUGCAGGAAAUGCAGAGGACACACAGGAAGCUGUCCCGUCAUAGAACACAGCUGCAAACUCUGAUGGAGGAGGAGCAGAGGAUUAUGGGAUAUCUGCCACAUACACCGCCAAGAAAGCAGGACUCUCAUGAAGGAGAAAUGUAUUCCAACAUAGAUACAAUGGUGAUAAAGCGACGUCUUCAAGGCAGAAAAAUACGACCAGUAUCUGCAUUCAUCAGUGUGAGUGAGCAGGAGCUGAGCCCCAGGACCUUAGAUCUGGGGUCUCCUGGAUCUCGAGACCUCAGUUCUCCCCCGCCACUCUCUUCUUCUGCAAGCAGUCAACUGUCUCGCUCUCUCAGUGUUUCUUUGGAAGGUCUAUCUGACCUCCCCACAGAGGGGGGAAAACUGCAGCAUCAAACCAGGGAUCGACCCAAACAGCAGUCAAGACGAGCUCCUGGUGGAGGCAGGGUCCGGGGUCCUGCUUCUGAUUCAGAAUGCCCAGACACAGCUCUGGAUGAGGGAUUAGAAGACUUCUUCCAUCGGACAGUUAUGACACAGUCACAAAGUGUCUCUCAGGGACCCUCUGGGGAUCCAGCUGCACCUCCAAAGAGAAGGCGUCGGAGCCUGUUCCACUUUCGGCGUAGCAGGACACCUAAACGUGAUAGGGGAAGACCUGCCCCCCCACCUUCCCCUGGUCCAGAGGGGGGCAAAGAUCACCUAAAAUUGGAAGGAUUACCAAUAACUAAUGGGAAUACAAACAGCAAUGGAACUGAAGAUGACUACAUGGCAGUAGUAAGAGGGCUGCCUGGCCGAGGCACACCGUCCUUUGAGCAGAUUCAAGAUGAGGUACAGCCUUCAAGAGUACGAGGGGUCCCACUACCUGGAAUGGAAGGAGUUCGACUGUGGAGGGAGGUGGAUACCCCAGGAGGAACAGGCUGUGUUUCUGAUGACAGACGGAGAUCCUCUGGGGAUGGGGAGGAGGGUGCUACGUUUGAGGACAGACAGCCUUGUUUAUCCAAUGGAGACAGAAACAAUCAGAAGAAUUUAUCAAGAGAAGAGGGGGGUGUUACUGUUUCCUGCCCCCCUCCAGCAGAGCUGCGGCCGGUCGCUGCACCCCGGGUUAGGAAAGUGUCCUGUGGGGGAGGGCUUGGUGACAACGAAUGUCUUGAAGAAGCCAGGAAGGAAAUUCCAGUGCCCAGACCAAGAAAUCGAGAACCUGAGAGAGAGACGGCUCCCCCUGGGGGAGACAGUGCUCCCCCUGUCCGUAGACCCCCUCUAAAGCCACAGCGAUCUCGUAGAAUGCAAUCAUGUGAUUCGGAGCAGCCACCCCAAGUGACUAGCCCAGGUGUGGCAUCAACUGAUCAGAAAAUGCCUCCAACCAAUGACGCCCUGCGCCGUGGAUUGCGACACGUGGCUGAAGCCAAAGACAGAGAAGCUAAGAGCCUACCCACUUCUGCCUGACCAACUUCUGGAGGGACUGGGCCUCUGCCUGUGAUGUAAAAAUGUAAAGGAUUUUACCCAAGUGAGAAAGCCAGUGAUGUUCCAGGGACUGGGAUGCAUUGGGGUGCCUUGUUUGUAAAGAGGGUUUACUGGGGAUGUCUGCCUUUGUUGGGAAGCACUGGGGUCUAUGUUUGGAAUAGGGAUGGUUCAGUGCCUAAGAUGCCCUAUAAAAACUAUGUCUGGGACUGUGUCUGCAUUGCACUGAGAAGCUCAGACUGCAAAUGGUCAAAAUGAGUGACAUUGGGCAUUUGUGAACUUUUACCCCCCAAUAAAACUCUAAACAUUGA